CGCAGCGCCCGGUUGUGUAGAUAUUUUACAGAAGUUCCAGAAAAGAACUUGAUGCUGAAAAAGCUUUCUGGAGUGGAUGAAGGGUUCAUAAGGGUGCUGUGUACCGCAGAUGGAGUAUUUCCCAGGCCAACCAUGACACUGAGAUCGCAAGAAAGGGACAUUACGGAGACGGAGGUGGUCGUAAGGGAAAGGGGGCAGCUUUUUGACAUUUCGGCGGCGACGUCGCUGCCCGCAUUGAAUGAUCCCGAAGAAUUCUCGUGCGAGCUGCGGAUCCCACAAGCAAACUAUACGGUACGACGGGAGACAGUAUUUUAUCCCG